UGGAGUUAAAACGUGGAUUAUAAGAAAAACACUAAAUCAAUGUGAGAACUUGAGACUUGAAAGGAGUCCUUUUUAUCUCAAUUCCCAGAAACUGUUUUCCCUGUUUAUGUUCACCCAUCGAUCCUUGCAAUGGCCAAUACCAAUCUCCCUCGAAGAAUAAUUAAGGUUCCUUUUUCUAUCUCCCUCCUCUCCUUUUCUGGGUUUCUACACAUUGCUUUCAUAGCUUUAUUGUUUACGCUUUUAAUGAAUCAAAAGCUUCAGGAAACUCAGCGUCUCCUCAGUGAACCAGCACCUGGAAUUAGUGCUUCACCAUCAGAGGAUAACAUGCGAUAUUUCAAUGUGAUGAUCCUUGGUCCCACACAGUCUCCAUAUGAAGGAGGCGUUUUCAAGUUGGAACUAUUUUUGCCUGAAGAAUAUCCCAUGACUGCUCCCAAGGUUCGGUUUCUUACAAAGAUAUAUCAUCCGAACAUUGAUAAGCUUGGAAGAAUAUGCCUUGAUAUUCUCAAAGACAAAUGGAGUCCUGCUCUCCAAAUCCGAACUGUACUUUUGAGCAUUCAAGCACUCUUGAGUGCUCCAAAUCCCGAUGAUCCACUCUCCGAGAACAUUGCUAAACACUGGAAAACGAAUGAGGCUGAAGCUGUCGAGACAGCUAAGGAAUGGACCCGUCUAUACGCAAGCGGUGCAUGACAUACAAGUGGCGGAAACAUUUGCCUUGUUAAAAAUAACAUUUUGUGCAAUGUAAGCGAUUGAAUGUCAAUUCUGUAAGGAUAUUUGGAAGGUUUAAACGUUAGGGAAAGUUUGAUAUUGGCAAAGCUUCCCAGUUGCUGUCUGUUAAAUGUUUAAUCGUUUCCCCAUUGGAAGCUGUCUGAACUUGUAUGAUAAUAUCAACAUUGUUCUUCUAAAACUCUCAAAAUGCUGAACUAAGGGAUUAUUCUUUAAUAUAUCCAUUUCAGAUUCUUAUUA